UAAAACAAAGGCUUCAUUUUGAGGGAACUAAUGAUGACGGAUCAGUGAGUUUCAUCUCGACCCGGACAAUAAUAAGAGGAGAACAACGAUGGCGACGUCCCUGCUCAGGUUAGGUCGACUUGGAUCUAUCAAGGGUCUUCUGCGUGAGGGCUGGGGGACACCUAGGACCUCAUUUAUUGCAGCUCUCAGCACUAAAACAGACGUCCCACCCAAAACAGCAAAGAAGGCAAAGUCUUCAAGUAAGACCGAUGAGAGGGCCUCUCUUCUAGCCUACAAGCCCACAGUUGCCUUCCCUUCUAAGCUGUCUGCCACAGGAUUUCUUUCCAAAGAUGUUGCUUUAGGUGAGUCUGAAACCACUGAGGCUGUUUCCACAGCCGCUGCAAGUGAGACCACAGCUGUCUGUCUAGACGCUGAUAGAGCAGCUGAAGAGGCAAAGAUCACUGAAGUCCCACCUACUAAUGAAGUCUCCACAAAAAGCAAAGGAAGUAAGGCCUCAGAUGUUGAGGCUAAAGUACAGAAAGAUCAAAAUGAUAGCUCUUCUUCAUCCUCAUCCUCCAGUGAUUCUGAUUCAGACUCUGAUUCUGAUGAUGAGAAACCAAAGACUGAAACACCAGAAACCGGAAAGAAAGCUGCAGAGGAGAAGAAAGCUCCUGGUCUGACGACUGAACAUGUUGAAAAGAAAGCUCCUGGUCUGACGACUGAACAUGUUGAAAAGAAAGCUCCUGGUCUGAUGACUGAACAUGUUGAAAAGAAAGCUCCUGGUCUGACGACUGAACAUGUUGAAAAGAAAGCUCCUGGUCUGACGACUGAACAUGUUGAAAAGAAAGCUCCUGGUCUGACGACUGAACAUGUUGAAAAGAAAGCUCCUGGUCUGACGACCGAACAUUUUGAAAAGAAAGCUCCUGGUCUGACGACUGAACAUGUUGAAAAGAAAGCUCCUGGUCUGACGACCGAACAUUUUGAAAAGAAAGCUCCUGGUCUGACGACUGAACAUGUUGAAAAGAAAGCAUUGCCUGAAUCUGCCUCAUUUGGAGAAACUCAAGAAAGGGCAAAAACUGUGACUAAAGCAAAACCAGAAGAGGUCCCUGCACCAAGUGUCAAACCAGAUGGAUCAGAUCAGACCCUUAUUGAUCCUGCACCUAUAGUAUCAUCCUCCACAACUGAAUCGAUUCCAGAAAUGUCCAGUGAAUACAUUAAAUCCGACACUACUGAAAAGAUAGUGGACAACGCAACAGAUGUUAAAACGGCUGCUGUGGAGGAGAUUAUUGUUGAAAAGGAACCAGAAAUCAAAGCUGAAGAUGCUGUCAAAGUUGCUGCAGAAGUUGUCCCAGAAGUCCCUACAGAAGCCAGUCUUGAAGAAGUAGUAAAAACUGCUGUUGAAGCUAGUCAUGGAGGAGUUUCUGAGGCUUCUGGAGAUGUUGCAGCUAAGCCUGAAGAUGCAUCGUCCAAAGCUAAGGCAGGAACGCCAGCAGCCUCUUCAGAGGAGCUGGUCGACCCUGCACCUGUAGCCGCUGAUGCUGUGGAGGCUCGGGCUGAGACCACCGCUGUGGAGACACCUGAGGAAAAAGCCCCAGAGAAAACCCCGGAGCCAGAGCCCGAGCCGGAGCCCUUUGACAACAGCACGUACAAGAACCUGCAGCACCACCAGUACAACAUGUACACCUUCUCUGAUAUGGAUGUAGAGCUGUCUAAAUACCGUCUGCCCCAGCCUUCUGCAUGCAGACGCUGAGCCGAUGGUACUGCUACCUUUGUCCACAACCCUGCUUCUUCCACAUGUUCAUUGUUCUUCAGACGGUUUACUGGCAAAUCUCAAGCUUUAUGCUAGAACUCUAUAAUUAUGGAAUUUAAAACGAUUUAACU